CAACGGACUAUUACCAGUUGGCUGGUGAAUAAAGGACCCAAGACUGCUGAGUCCAAAAGCUUACAGGGCAAAAAUAAUAACAACACUGAAGCAAAUUCCAAGAUGACUUCCAUUAAAAAAGAGAACUUUUGUGAGCAUGAUGUGACAAAGCUGGAGAGUACCUGUCAGCAAAAUUAUGCAAAUCUUUCUGUGGAAGUUGGUGGUAAGCAUGUAAAUUUGCCUCAGACAGGCAGCACGUGUGACUGGGAGGCUGAGGACAGAGAUCCGGUCUCGGGUACAGGUCCCACAAAGGGUCUGCAGUCUGGAGACCUCGGUAAAAACGCCAACAUUGAUCAGAUGCACAAAACUGGCAAUCAGGCUCAGAGGGCCUGUGAGGAAAGCAGUGACAGCUGGACUCAAAGGAAGUUAUCUUCAGGCCAAGCUUUGAAAACGGGAAGUACAAAACUUUCUUCCAAAGACUUGGAGACAGAUGGACAAGUGGCUUCGUGCAAUUCACAGAAGCUGAAGAGUUGCAAUUCUGUCUGUUUAAUGGGUGAACAAGAGGAAGGGAAUGUAGUUCCAGAAAGUCCACUUUCAGAUGCUGGUUGUGACACCUGUAUAUCUGAUCUUGGAGGUCCUGGGAAACUGAGCAAAUGUCAGAGCAGUUCAGGGGACUCACCUGCUUUCGAGAAAGAAAGUGAACCAGAGUCACCAAUGGAUGUAGAUAAUUCUAAAAAUAGCUGCCAUGGGUCAGAGGCUGAUGAAGAAACAAGUCCAUUUCUUGAUGAGCGAGAGGAGAUUAGUAUGUCAAAAUCCAUAAACAAAUCUUUUAGAAUUCAAUAUGGGGAUGCUGAAUUGGAGUCAAGAAAGUCCCAUUUUUCUGGCAAAGGCUCUGAAAGCUUUGAGGAAAUAGAUAAUUCUGUUAAAGAGGACAGUCUGCAUACAAAGUCGACUGGGAUCUCUCCUGCUCCAUCAUCAGAAUGCAAAGGUGCAAAACAGGGUGUGAAGAGAGACUCCAAAAUCACCUCUCACUUCAUGAGGAUACCUAAAGUUGAGGAGAAAAGGAAAGAGAAGUGUGAAUUCAAACCUCAGAGACCGGGGAGGAAGAUUCCUAAAUACGUGCCACCUCCUCUUCCAGCUAACAAGAAAUGGUUUGGGACCCCGAUUGAGGAGAUGAGGAGGAUGCCUGUGUGUGGGGCUCGGCUGCCUCACCUGCGACCCUCAGCCAAUCACACCGUGACCGUCCGGGUAGAUCUUCUGAGGGAAGGAGAGGUGCCGAAACCUUUUCCAACUCACUACAAAGACUUGUGGGACAACAAGCAUGUUAAAAUGCCCUGCUCAGAACAAAAUUUAUACCCUGUAGAGGAUGAGAAUGGAGACAGAACUGCUGGAAGUCGAUGGGAACUAAUCCAAACUGCCUUACUUAACAAAUUUACCUGCUCACAUGAUUUGAAGGAGGCCAUACUGAGGUACAACAUUGCUUAUUCCAAGAAAUGGGACUUCACAGCUCUUACUGACUUCUGUGAGAAGGUUCUGGAAGAUGCAGAGGCUCAACAUCUGUUCCAGUCCAUUCUUCCUGAUAUGGUCAAGCUGGCACUCUGUCUCCCUAGUAUCUGCACUCAGCCGAUACCUCUACUGAAACAGAAGAUGAAUCACUCCAUCACAAUGUCACAAGAGCAGAUUGCUAGUUUCCUGGCCAAUGCUUUCUUCUGUACUUUUCCACGUCGCAAUGCAAAGAUGAAGUCUGAGUAUUCUAGUUAUCCAGACAUUAACUUCAACAGAUUGUUUGAAGGACGGUCACCAAGAAAGCCUGAGAAACUUAAGACCCUUUUCUGCUAUUUUAGAAGAGUCACAGAAAAAAAGCCCACGGGAUUGGUGACGUUUACAAGGCAGUGUCUCCAGGAGUUUCCAGACUGGGAGAGAUCUCAGAAAAAACUAUCUAGGUUGCAUGUCACCUAUGAAGGCACCAUUGAAAGCAAUGGACAAGGGAUGCUACAGGUCGAUUUUGCAAACCGUUUUGUUGGAGGAGGUGUGACUGGGGCAGGACUAGUACAAGAAGAAAUUCGUUUUCUAAUCAAUCCAGAACUGAUUGUGUCGAGGCUCAUCACUGAAGUCUUGGAUCACAAUGAAUGUCUUAUCAUCACAGGUACUGAGCAGUACAGUGAGUACACAGGCUAUGCAGAAACUUACCGAUGGGCAAGAAGCCACGAAGAUAAGACCCCAAGGGAUGAAUGGCAACGACGCUACACUGAGAUUGUUGCUAUAGAUGCAUUUCACUUCAGACGUUUCCUUGAUCAGUUUGGUCCAGAGAAAAUUAGAAGAGAGCUGAACAAGGCCAGUAACUUCUUACAACAGCCUUCAGUCUAA